CCCAGCUCCAAAAACACGCGACGUCAGCUUGGGUCACACAACGAUGACAACUAGGAAAGUGCUGGUAUUGCAUGGGUAUGCACAAAGUGCCGCAAUCUUCAGCAAGAGGCUGGGCGCUCUGCGGAAAACGUGCAAGGGCGUAGACCUCGUCUUUUUGGACGCACCGCAUGUUCUGUCACCUGUAGAUCUUGCAGAGAGCUUCAAUGCGCCCGAGGAGCUCGGGACAUCCGAGACCGCGGAGAGCGAUCCUGCGUUGCAGCCUCGCGGGUGGUGGAGGAGCAGGACAAAUUUGGUCGGCAUCGAAGAUUCCCUUGUCUUGUUGCGCGACACAUUGCGAAAAGAUCACUAUGAUGGCGUGUUUGGUUUUAGCCAGGGAGCUGCCCUAGCUGCCAUGUUGGCCGCGCUGCUGGAGAAGCCACACGUGGUUCCCUAUUUCCUAGUCGACGGAAAAGCACCACAUGAGCCUUUGGAAUUCUGUAUCGUAGCCGCAGGAUUUAGGCCCCGUGGGGAGCUCGGUGACGCCAUUUUCCUACCGUCGUAUUCCACUCAAACUCUGCACAUCUUGGGACGGAACGACGUCAUUGUGGUCGAAGAGCGGUCGAAGACUCUACUGGAUGUCUCCGCUAACAAGCGCGUCGAAUGGCAUGAUGGUGGACACUUCGUGCCGUCAAAGGCGAAUUGGCGCAACUUCCUCCGUGACUACAUGAACGAUCCUGGCAUACAUAUACCGUCCCCUGGCGGUGCAGCGAUUUCGCAGCCCGCUUCUGGAGCGGCUACUCCAGCGGAGCCGUCGUACUAGGCUAGCUUCGGAGGCAACAUCGGAUCGAUGUAGUCGGGGAAGGAGCAGGAAGGAGCAGCUGAUUCCCCACAGUAGACGGCACGGCGGGGACCAAGUCUGGUAGUACCUUCUUGAAGCGUGAACUCUUAUUUUCACCCCGCAUCGAAGAUCAUCGUAGACAGCCCAGCUUAGAAGACAACUUGGCACAACCGUGCCUCGUGCUUUGAAACUUAACUUCUGCUUGAU